AUGGCGCUGGACAUUGGAGAGAAGGAGAGUGUGUCGAUGGAGUCCCAGACGACGGGCCAGCCCAAGCUGGACCGCCACGGACUGCCUCUCAUACCUCAACCGUCUGACGACCCAGAAGAUGUAUGCACCCCUCAACUGGAGUCGCGCGCAAAAGUAUACCAUAGUGACCAUCCUCUCGCUGGUGUCGUUCUUCGGACUUUUUUCGCUCUCAUGCAUGAACCCGGCCUACGCGCAAGUCGCGCUCUCGUUGCAUGUCUCUGUUGUAGAGGCAUCGUAUAUAGGCGCGCCAUAAUCUCCUUUGACUGUCGCUUGAACUUGUUACUUAUUUUUCUCAUAGGAACGAUUGGCAUAGCUGCUGCUGGUAUUGGGAGCUUCAUAUGGGCACCGCUCAGCAAUGUCUAUGGCCGGCGACCAAUCCUGAUAAUCUCACAAGCCAUCGCCAUCGCCGCCUCUUUCGGUAGCGCUUACGCAAAGACAUGGGGCACCAUUGUGCUCGGGCGCUUCUUUGUCGGCCUGGGCGUGGCCUCCGGCAACGUCGUCUGCUUCGCGGUGGUCUCAGACUUGUUUUGUCUACACGAACGAGGGAAAAUGCUGGGGAUUGUCACGGUCGCAUUAAUAAACGGGCCACACGUAGCUUCCUUGCCUGGGGGAUUUAUCGCCCAAUUCGUCAGCUGGAGGUGGACACUCCUACUUCCCUCGAUAACAUCUACUAUUUGCUGGAUCCUUAUAAUAAUCGGUCUGCCAGAGACGCUCUAUGUCCGAAACGGCGACACGGACCCCAUCCAAUCUGUCGGAAAACUCCAUCGCUACCGUAUCACUGGUGCGGGAGGAACAGGCCCUACUCGAAAGCUGCGCUUAAUUGACUUUGCGCGACCGUUUCAAAUGCUGAAAUACAUCCCCAUCGUCAUACUUGGACUUUAUGCUGCCGUUGCUUUCACCCUCGGAAGUGUUAUGCCAGCACAAACCGUUUCCGCACUCUUCCGCACCUUCUACCAGUGGCGCUCCGCAAGAACAGGAGUUGCUCUCAGCGUUAGCACCACUGUCGGCGGAGUCCUUGGUGAAGUCGUUUCUGGGCCGGUCAUCGACAAGUUAUUGGAGCGGUCGCGGAAGCGGGAGGGCCGCGUCCGUCCUGAAGCCAGAUUGCAUGGGAUGUGGCCAGCCGUAUUCUUACUGCCCGCGGGGUUGCUUAUGUUUGGCUUCUGCAUCGCAAACCACGAACUCAAGCACUCUUAUGUUGGUGCAACGGUCGGGAUGGCCAUAACUUGUUUCUCCGUUCAGAUGAUAACGACCCCCAUUAUCGCCUACUGCGUCGAUUGUUACAAGCCACAAGCUGCUGAAGUAGUCCAGCUGCUAAAUUUUGCGCGACAAGAGAUAUCAUUCACUGUCGGGUUCUGGUCUCUCCGCUUUGGCGACAAAGUGGGUUUCCAGUUCAGCGGCGUCACGUACGCCCUGGUGUCGCUAUUGUUCUUCCUCCCAGUACUGUACCUGAUGCGUUAUGGCGAAAGACUUCGGGCGCGGUUGGGCGAGCCGGGAUUCAACAAGGGCUUGUAG